CGAAGCCGGCCAUUAUAAAGGCUUUAUCGCCUCUGUUGCUUCUUCUCCCAUUAUCCCUUCCAAAUACUGCCAACCAUCACCAUGUCCGAACAGAAACAGAGCUCCGCUCUCCCUCUACCUAUCCAGUCAUCUACACCCUACCGUCCCUCCUGGAAGCCCCGCAUCUUGCUGGGUAUUCUAUUUCUCCUCGCAACCGCUAUCAACUUUGGUCCAUCCUUAUCUUCAGUUUCUGAGGGAGAAAACGGUCGCUUGGAUCCGUCAUCCUACAAAUUCCAUGAUGAUUUGACCACUCGCUUUGAUAUCGAGCAACUAAAAAACUGGGCCACAUGUCCCCAGCAACCCAAGCCUAUCUAUCCCAACAUGACUUGGGAGAUGACGGAGGAGGAAAGAAAUAGGUCGAUUGAGCAUUAUGCCCAGGCAGUGCGAAUCCCUACUCAGAGUUACGAUGAUAAUGAAGAACCCGAUGAGGAUCCCAGGUGGAAACCGUUCUUCAUAUUCCAAGACUGGUUGAAGGAGACGUAUCCCCUUGCGCAUGAAAAGGCCACUAUCGAGUACAUCAACAGGCUCGGUAUCUUGGCUACUUUCAAGGGUUCCGAUCCGACUCUCAAGCCCCUUUUGUUGAUGUCUCACUACGAUGUAGUCCCCGCCCCCGAAUCCACAUACGACAGGUGGACUUAUCCACCCUUCUCGGGUCACAACGACGGGACUUACAUCUGGGGCAGAGGGGCUGCUGACGACAAACCUCUUCUCGUUGCUCAAUGGGAAGCAAUUACUCAUUUGUUAGAGAACGGAUUUACUCCUCGUAGAACCAUUAUCCUCUCCCAUGGAAACGACGAGGAAGAGGUAUUCGCUCGUCGAGGACAAGGACAGAUUGCUCCCUUACUUGAGAAACGCUACGGUAAAGAUGGCUUGCUGAUGGUUAUCGAUGAAGGAAGUGGUACUGAAGAUGAUUACUAUGGUUCGGCCUUUGCUUUGCCUGCUAUGGGUGAGAAAGGCUAUAUGGACAUCACAAUUACCGUUGGUACUGCCGGUGGUCACUCUUCCGUCCCACCCGAGCACACUGGUAUUGGAAUCAUGUCCCGGUUGUUGACUUCCUUAGAAGACAACCCUUUCCCUACCAAGCUCACUCCCGCUUCUCCUUACCUUACCGCUCUCAUGUGCGCUGCCAAACACGGCUCUUCUUUCCCUUCUUCCCUCUCCUCUCUCCUCUCUUCCGAAGGUCCUACUUCUUAUCCUAAACUGGCUAAAGCGCUCGCCAAAACUUCCCUCCUCGAGCGUGCCUUGCUAGGGACCACUACCGCAGUUGACGUCGUGCAUGGCGGCGUCAAAGUCAAUGCUUUGCCUGAACUUGUCACCGCGAUGGUCAACUUCCGUAUCGAUUUCUCUGAGAGUCUCAACUCGACCAAGGAACAUGUCAAAUAUCUCGCUUCUCAAGUGGCUGAGAAGAGUGGUCUAGAACUGUCAGCGUUUGAUGGGAGGGACGUGGGCGAGUUAAACGGUAAAUUUGUCAAGGUUGAGGUAAUGGGAUUGCCUCUCGAACCUGCUCCAAGGACUCCAACUGAAGGUGGGGUCUGGGAGUUGUUUGCUGGGACAGUCAAGGCUGCGAUCCCAGGUCCCGAUGGCGAGGAGCGUUUUGUUACUCCCUUCGCUUCAACGGGCAAUACUGACUGCAAAAUGUACUAUAACCUCACCAAGAACGUCUACCGCUUCAUGGGUACCAGUUUUACUGGAAGUGAAAAUGCUCACACUGUCGAUGAAAAGGGCUCUAUUGCAGGACACCUUCAAAUUGUUAAGUGGAUCCACGCCAUUGUCCAAAAUGCUGAUGCCUACACUGGCGAGGAAUGAUCGGUUAUUAUAACUAGUCAUGUUAACUAGUUGUGAUAUAUGGUAAUUAAAAUCGUGUUUCAAGUUUUUUAUAAAGUCGCAGGGAAAUUACCAGAAAUACAUGAAUUUCUUUGAA